AUGUAUAAUAAGACACAACACAUGGAAUUUUCAUAUGCUAUAGAAUUUUAAAUUUUCAUAUGAAAUAAUUAUAAAUGUAUUCUAGGUGUUGCUUGUUAUCACUUUUUGAUAGAUUCUCUAUAAAUUUUGUUCAAUUUUGUUGUUCAAUUUUUCAAUUUUUCAAUCUUUGUUGUUCAAUUUUUCUCUAUUGUUUUUCGUGUUUUCGCAUUCUUCUUGUUAUUUCCAUGGAAAAAUUCAAGCUGAAAUUCAAAGAAAUUUUCUCUAGCAUAGGUUGUCUUCGAAGCCGCGAAAAACCUUCUGUUGUUAUUACAAUGGAUGAGAGAUUUGAAGGAGAAAGAAUUCAAAGACAAACAGUGAUUAAGAAUGAUGGAUCAUCAGAUUUCUGGAGUAGCAGUGCGUAUGAAAAGGAUCAUAGCGCGGCUCGAUCGAUGAGAAGUGUUUCGUCGAGUGGAAUAACAAUGAAUUCUUCUUCUGAUCUUCAAAGUAGUUCAAGCAGUCAAAUUAAUUCUCAUGAAUUUGUCAAUCAAGGACUUAUUGUAUGGAACCAGAUAAGGCAACAAUGGAGUGGAAAUAAAAUGUCUGAAAGUAAGAUAGAAGAUAGAGAAUCAAAAAUAAGUUCAAAUGCUACCUAUGAAGAUCUACUUGGAAACAACAAGGCUUUUCCCCAACCCAUUCCUCUAAGAGAAAUGAUUAACUUUCUUGUUGAUAUU